CUUCCGGUUAUUGGUACCCGGUGGUCUGGAAGUUUCUGGUGACAGCCCGUGUGCGGCGGAGGACGGGUCUUGGAUGGUGACGGGCGGCUGCGGACGGGAUGGAGGGGGACACUGACCUCACGGGGAGCGGAGGCGACAUGAAGCCCCCCUGUGAGGAGGGCGCGGAGCAGAAAUCCGUGUCAUCUAAUGGGGGCAAUGAAAUCAAGAGUCGCGCUAUCGUGAAGUACUCUUCUGCUCCGCCGGCUGCGGCGUUUGCUCGUCUUCAAGAACAAACUGACUUGAAGCUGCCACCUGCUAAUUGGCUGCGAGAGAACGCCAAGCUCGGCCCUACCAUUCUUGGAAGCAGUAAGAAGAGCAAACCAUUUUCAAGCUUUGGGAUGGCCUAUGACUUCAUUGAUUCUGUUGGGAAGGAAGUUGAUGUAGUGGCAGAUUCUGAAAACAUCAAGAAGCUCUUAAAGAUCCCAUACAGUAAGUCCCACGUCAGUAUGGCCGUCCACCGCAUUGGAAAGACUCUGCUGCUGGAUGAGCUGGACAUUCAGGAGCUCUUCAUGAGGUCGUCUCAGACAGGUGAUUGGACCUGGUUGAAGGAAUUUUAUCAGAGACUAAUGGAUCAAAAAUGGCAAAGAAAGAAGAAGAGUAAAGAACAUUGGUACCAGAAAGCCAUACUCUCCAAGUUCCUCUAUUACAGUAUUAAUGGGGAUGAUACGGCUGAACCCAUUCCAUCCACUUCUCAUCAACCCAGUGAGGAGCAGGAUCUUAGCGAGCCGUCUGGAAGUGAUCACGUCGCGUGGCCCGCUCCUUUUGAGACAUUAAGUUCUGUGCCAGACGAAGGUGGGGCAUCCAAUCAGGGAUAUGUGCCCACUGAGCCCUCCCAACUAGUGGGGCACGUGGCCUCUUCCGCUAAAGAACACAAUGUCCCCAGUUUCUUUAUUGACAGGGAGAACAGUCAGGGUCUUAAAAACGAUUUCGUCAGGAAUAUCCUCUGGACAUUUGAGGACAUCCACAUGCUGGUUGGCUCCAACAUGCCUAUUUUCGGAGGAGGACGAUACCCAGCUGUCAGCUUGCGUCUACGGGACAACAACAAGCCAAUCAAUGUGCUGACGGGGAUUGAUUAUUGGCUUGACAACCUGAUCUGUAACGUCCCGGAGCUCGUCAUGUGCUUCCAUGUGAAUGGAAUUGUGCAGAAAUAUGAGAUGAUUAAAACAGAAGAUAUUCCAAAUCUGGAUAACUCCAACUUCUCCACCAAGGUGAUUAAAGACAUUGCGCAGAAUAUUUUAUCUUUUUUGAAGUCGAACUGCACAAAAGAAGGCCAUACGUACUGGCUGUUCAAAGCCAGCGGCAGUGACAUUGUGAAGCUCUACGACCUCACCACUCUGUGCGAAGAGACCGAGGACAAGUACCAGAACCCCUUCACUAUGCCGGUGGCCGUGCUACUCUAUAAGGUGGCGUGUAACAUGAUGAUGAAGAAAACCCAGAAUAGAAAACAUUAUGGAACUAUUCGCACUUUGUUGUUGAACUGUCUGAAGUUAGUGGAUAAAGGAAGGCACCCACAGAUUAUUGCUUCAGCCAACUACAUGCUGUCAGAGCUGUUUCAGCUGGAGCCUAAGAAAGAAGAAAGUGGAGAAGGAUCUCUCAAUGGGAACUCUGAUGAGAGCUAUAGCGAGGAGGAGGAGGAUGAAGAAGAGGAGCUGCCCGAUAGUGAUGAAAAUGGUUCAUACAGUCAUCCGCCUAACCCCCCAGAAGACUGCAAAGCUGUGGCCAUCAUAAAAUCUGUCCGGGAGCUGUCUGUUCCAGAGAAGUACAAGUCCACUCAUCAGAUCAGGCCAAGCUGCACAUUCCCAGUUUGCAGUGACACAGAAGAACGCUGCCGCUUGGUCCUCAGUUACGUCCUAGAAGGGUUGAAAUGUAUUGACAGCAGUAUUAAAAAGGAAGGCGAACUCCCAGCAGCUGACCCCCACACGCCAAUACCCCUAAAAUAUGAAGAUGAGCCCGCCAAUGUCGUCUCCGAGUGCCUGGAAAAACAGAUGGCACUGUUUCUGCAAAAAAUGGAAAGUUCUAAGAACCAGUGCUCCAGCAGAUCUGGGAUUGUCCCCGGCUCCUGGCAGUUCAAGAUGAAGCUCCAGCUGAUUAUUAAAGCCUCAAAAGCGUAUUAUGUGUUGUCGGACGCCGCAAUGAGCCUGCAGAAAUACGGCCGAGCCUUGCGAUACGUUAGGCUGGCCUUACAGUGCUAUGAUGCUUGCAGCUGCCUUUGUACCAACCAAGUUCCCGAAGUGAUGCUGCUGCUGUGUCAGUACCUUACUCUCUGCGGCGACAUCCAGCUCAUGCUGGCGCAGAACGCCGGCAAUCGAGCUGCAUAUUUUGAGGAAUACAAUUACCAGACGAGAGAUGAUCAGGAGAUUCUGCACAGUCUACACAGAGAAUCCUGCUGUGAAGAGUUUUCAUUUGUGAGCGACCUGAUGACUGACUUGGAGUGCCAGCUCUUCAUCAGCUGUAAGUGUUAUGAAGCCACCAGCGACAUCCUGGUUGUCACCAACCUCAAGACCCAAAACCCUGAGCUGCAGUCUCAGCUGCUGAAGCGACUGGGCAAUAUCCGCAACGAGGUCGGAGUGUUUUAUAUGAACCAGGCAGCUGCCCUCCAGACCGAGAGAUCAGCAAACAAAGGCGUCUCUAGUUCCGAGCAAGACUUGUGGAAGAAAAGCUACUCCAGCUUCGAAAAAGGAAUCUCUAGCUUUGAAUCGAUUGAGGACACCACGAACACCUCCCUCUUGUUGUGUAACAUGGGGCGGCUGAUGAGGCUGUGCGCCCAAGCUCACUGCGGCAGUGGGAACGAUGAAAGGAGAGGGGAAUUCUCUCCAGAUGAGGCGCUGUACUAUAAUAAGGCCAUUGAUUACUAUCACAGAGCAUUAAAGUCGCUCAAUAAUCGAGAAACUCAUCAGGCUGUGUGGGAUUCAGUUUACUGGGAACUGUCUACAACAUAUUUUACGAUGGCCACUCUGCUGCAGGACUACGCCCCCAUCUCCAAAAAAGCACAGGAACAGAUCGAGAGAGAAGUCACCGAAGCCAUGCUGAAGUCUUUGAAAUACUGCGAUGUGGACAGCGUGUCCGCCCGGCAGCCCUUGUGCCAGUACAGAGCAGCCACCAUCCAUCACAGGCUGGCCUCCAUGUAUCACAGCUCUCUGCGCAACCAGGUGGGUGAUGAACACUUGCGGAAGCAGCAUCGGGUCAUGGCAGAUCUGCAUUACAGCAAAGCAGUGAAGCUCUUCCAGCUUCUGAACGACGCUCCAUGUGAACUGCUCAGGGUACAACUAGAACGAGUGGCCUUUGCAGAGUUCCAAAUGUCCAGCCAGAACAGCAGUGCGGGGAAGCUGAAGAGCCUGUGCGGAGCGCUGGACAUCAUGAUGAAGACGCGCGGUGCCUUUCUUGUUCUUCUAAAAGAAUUUGAGUGUGAAAGUGAUCAGGGGUCGGAGGAAGGGAACGAACCGACCGUCGACUCCUCGGAAAACCUCCAAAAGGAAGAAGUGGUGAAACUUGUCACUAUAUUUGAAUCUCGCUUGUCUUUUGUUCUCUUACAAUUUGUGAAGCUUUUAUCAUCAAAGAAGAAGAGCAGUAAUCCCCCCAAAGAGGAGGCCUCUCUGAAAACCUACAAGCAAGUGUAUUCCAGCCUCUUACGGGCUUCAACCAACAAGACCUCCACGCUGACCGAGAGACUGAGCGUGCUCGUCAAUUUACUGGAUCAGCUCACUCCAAAGAGCGAGGCGAAUGAGACGUCAGUCAGCGAAACAUGAUUGUGCCUGAGAUGCAGAGCGGACUCCGUGCCUUGUUAAACUCGGGAUCGCUGGUCUGUUCCACUCGCCGCCACCUUCUUGCCAUGGUUGAAAUGAAAUGUGAAAUCUUCAGGGAAGCUUCUUGUGCACGUCGGUCGUUACACGCACUGCCCUGCAGGGGAUUUGGGGACGUACAGGUUUUCUCUCUUAUUUAUUUUCUGAUGACACGUUCGCUCCGGCACCACUUAUCUCUCGUUCUGGUACACAGUUCAUGGGCAGCUGCGCCGAAGGUAAUAAAUCUAUAGCUGUCUGUAGACCCGAUAGAGCUGAAUGCAGAUGCCUCAAUUUUCCGCAAGAUCUGCAAAAUCCUGUAUCUACUGGGCUGCAAAUUAGGUGCAUAGAUGGCAGGCUGUGGGACAUCGUGCCUCAAGAGGUAGUGCCCGCCGUCCGUUCUUACCUCAUGUGCGCACCCAUGCCAGAUGUGCUUCUUAAAGAGGACCUGCCACCUCUCCCGACAAGUCUGUA